CGGUCGCGUACUGAUCCUCCUCCCUUCACGGUAUCAAGUCGGUCUACGCAUCUGCCCGGUCGCUGUUGGACGUUUCUCGCACUGCAAGUAGUAAGCAUCCGUCUGUGGCCUAGUUAGUAGCAGGCGCACGAGGACAGUCCGGGAAGGGGGUUGCGCCAACAAUCGACCAGGUUUUCCAAUGAUCAACAUCGCCAAAGUGAGCGACUGGCUCACUCAGAACGCCAAUGAAGGCAUAUAUCCCCGACUCUUUUUAAUGUCCCCGAAUGGCACGCUAUUAGCAUAUUCGAAGCCCGUGCAAACUAAGGAGCUUCGUGACCAGGCUGCCCUCAUUUCCAUGGCAUGGAAGGAUCAUUGCGCCGGUCGCCAAAAGCUUUCUACGCGAAAUGGGGCUCCAGACCAUUCGCUCAAGCCCCCACUGCAGACACUCACCAUCGAAACCCAGGACUGCAAUAUCAUAGUGCGUCUGUUGCAACCAGAGUUGCUCCUGGUCCUCAUUGGCAGAAUUCCCCCAAGCAAAAAGCAGACGUUCAAAAUCUCACCCGAAGGUCAGGGAGACCCUAGAUAUCCGGAUGUCGAUGUCUCUCUUUCCCGCCCCGGAUCAAGUGCGCAGCUGCAUGCUCAGGCUGACGGAUCGGCCGACAACCUAAGGCCCAGCAACGGGGGGCCAAACAUGAAGAACAAGGCGCCUUCUUUGUUCAGUAAUAUGAGCCAGCGCGAGAAAGACAUCCGGGGAGGUGCACUCCAUGUGCAACGAAAGAAACUAGAUGCCUUGGCCGAAUACGUCCUCCGAGAUUUUGAAGAUACUUCCUUCGUUAUGCCAGCAGAUGCAGACUUGCAGUAGUGCGCGGGCUCUCACCUUUUAUCAGAAGACACAUGCAACCCCAUGCCCUACCGUCUUUGGCAGCUGGCAGUGUGAUCUUCCAAUGUUUUAAUAAGUUCGGCCAUGCUAAAGGCAUGCAUUUCAAAUACUCAAACAGUCCAUCAAUGACGGCUAGUCCAUCUCGCGCACUCAUAAAGUGCGGUUCCUCGGGCACGCAAAUAUCGAUGUGCACUAGGUGAGCAAAGAUGACCUAUCCAACAUAAUACCACCACCCAAGUAACGGGAGAGUUCUUGCACCCAUCGACAUGGUAUCCUGGACUCUGAAAAUCGACCAUGAGCGCUUUAUUGUUCAAGAAGAGGAUUUUCAGUCUUUUUGAGGGGCUCCAUACAGCGCUAUGAAAGAAGGGGUCGUUGACAGUCAAGUGACCUCUUUGUAUGUCGACAGAUACACAAGUCUGUUUGCUUUGAGAUUGCGA